GGACCGUAUAGAUAUAGCUCGAAUUGACAGACGGAAAUAAAAACACUCUCAAAACGUUACAAAACCUCUUCACUUUCUUUUUGCUACCCUUUAAUUAAUGGCGUCUGACGAGAGCAUGGUGAUGAACUCUUCUUCAGUUCUAGACGAAGAGUACGACGAUACAGAAGAUGGGUUUCAUUACCAGACCAGACAAAGUAGUUUGUCUAGGUUAUCUAUCUGCACGAGCUCCUUCCACGACGACGACGAUGAAGAUAACUUCACAAGUCAACCUUCUGAACUGGGUACCUUCAUGUCUGAGCUGUCUCUGGAGAGCUUCGACGACGUAGGAGCCGAGGCUGACGGAGAAAUCUCCGACGGUGAAGAUUCAGAUUCCGAUAAGGAAUCUUCAGGGUUCUACUCUCUCCCGACGAUCAUGUCUCGCCGGAGAAGAAAAGUCAACGAGGUGACGAACGUCGAUGGCAGUACUGUAGUUAAGCAGAGAAGCUACGGUCACGGUUUUAACGGUGUGGAGGGAGACGGAGACGGAAAACGUUACGGAGGAGAGUUGACGCUGUUAACUAAUGUUAAAGGAGGAAAGAAGUCGAUGAAGAUGGGUUUUGAGGAAGUGAAGGCUUCUAGAGAUCUCGGGUUCGACGUGGAAGUUUCGGGUCGGGUUUCAGUAUCCAACGGGUCAAACCGGGAGACUCAGACAACUAGUGGAAGCAACUCUCCGAUUGCCAACUGGCGUAUCUCGAGCCCUGGAGAUGAUCCGAAGGAGGUUAAGGCGAGACUGAAGAUGUGGGCACAAGCAGUUGCUUUAGCUUCUGCAUCACGUUAAAGCUUUCUUAUGUUAGGAUUGUUCGUUCGAAUAUUUAGGUUUUUAUUAGUUUUAUGAGUUACUAUAAGUUUUUUUCUUGAAUCUGUAAGUUUGUAAAUACCAAAGGUAUAACUAUUUUUUUUUGUUCAAUGUUGAAAAAAAAAGCUUUAAAUUCAUGCCACCUAA